AUGGAAGAAAUCGAGAUGGUCCCAUUCGGCCACCUGCCUUUCGAUUAUCAUGUUAUGGAAAAAUGGGAUCCCAAUUCUCCUCUUACAAAAACCCAACAAUUCCGUGCCCUUGUUGAGUCUUGGACUCGGCUUGGCAAAACUGCCCGCAUUAAAUACCCAGAGGGUGAUAAUCUGCUUCCCGAGGAAAUCCCUCCACAUGUGCCUCAAGAUCUUAUGUCAGAUGAAGAUCGUGCUGUAGAUGGUCAGACAAUAAAACUGCUCUGGAUUCGGACGUGGUACGGGCGGAAAGAUGAUCAGGCAAGCCAGGAUGCCGCCGAUGCUGGAUACAAACAUCUCCGCAUGGUUGUGUUUGGCGACGGAGAAUUAAAUGACGUGUGUCCGGACAUCGAGAAAGAGUGUAUCUUUGAGAACAAAGAGGAGUUUGGUCCUGGCAGUAUCACUAUGCCUAAUGGAGAUACGAACCCCGAUUUCGUGGAUGGCAUCGCCUGUGGGACGCCAGCCUCUGUGCCAUCGUACAUGAUCACGGCGCUAAUGCAUAGACCAGAUAUGCUUGAUGGUCUGUCGCGUCGCGAUUGGCCGACAGAUUGGUAUGAUAAACCAGAUGAGCUAGAGAAAUUCCAGUCUAUCAUGGUUCUUGUCGCCGAUCGCAAGGCGUGUGAAGAAGGAUGGGUCUUGUUCUUGGCUCCGAACCAUAGGGGGGAAAUACUUCCCUUCAGAGUCCGCGACAGGGCAGCUUGGGUGUACCAACAGAUUAUUGACUUCAUGGAGGGCGUGCACUUGGCGGAGAAUACUGUGGACCCCGAUCAGGAUAUGGAAUUUUAUAUGCGUGAAAACCCCGAUGGCUGGGCUCCUGAUAGUGUUCUCUGA